CUAAAUUCCCCCAACUCCCCCCUCACGUUCGAUCAAUGCCCCCAUUCCCCGCAGCAGCCGCGCGCGCUCGCUCCACUCUCCCUCGCUUUCGCGCAUAGCGCGCGGCGGCGGCACGACGCGAGAGCGAAUGCGGUGGACUGCGUCGCUCGAAGGCUUCCAGGUGGACGAGUCGAGGUGGACGAGUCCCCGGCGUCGGAGGCGUCAAGGAAUACAGCGCGCGUCACCCUCGCGCUGCUGCUGCUGUCCCCAUCGCUUGCCGUUCCCCCAUGGGCGCGCUGCUGUCGUGCUGCGACUGCUGCUAUCCGCGCGGCGAGCGCCCGCUGACGGACGCGGAGAGACAGGAGGUGGCGCACGCCCGGGGCAGGGCGGCGCAGGCCGCGGAGGAGAGGGCGGCGCGCUUUGAGAGUUCAGCGCAGGGGAGGGCGGCGCGCACUGCCAUGGCGGCUGCUGCUGCCAAGCCACAGGGGCCGUCCAGGGAGGAUGAGAUCGCCAAAGAGUGGAGUUCAGGGUAACCAUGUGGAAGCCCCUCAACGCAGGGGAUAACUAUCAACUAACAAACAUAUCUUUGCUACCGUAAUCCCCCGGAUAUACGACCCUAGGAGAGUUUAGGGCGAAUAGCUUUUUUCCUGGUGGGUCUCAUAAUCGAAUUUUUUAAUAUAAGCCCCGGGGCUUAUACGAAAAAACAAUUUUACGGAUUUCAGGAAAAAAAAAUGUAUAUUUCAGCUCUCGAGCGAAACUCGAUGCUCGUUGUAAAGGCGGUUCGCGGAACCUCAACGGAUGGGACCUACUGUCAAACAUGUUUAGUUAUCAUGCUUG